AUGUCCACAUACUCGGAUGACGAGGACCAUGAUCCCCAAGUGGAUGAGCUCCGCGAAACCGCCUUGGUCACGCUCGAAGCGUUGAUCAGCUCCUGUAACAAACAGAUGCAACCGUACCUGACGAACACCACUCGAUCGGCUCUUCGAUUCUUGAAAUAUGACCCAAACGUUGCUGAGGUGGAGGAUGAUGAGGAAAUGGGAGGCACACAGGACGAUGGGAGCGAUGACGAUGCCACAUCGGAGCCCGAGCUGGAAGACGACGAGUUCGGCGAAUUUGAAGAAGAAGGUGGCUACAGUGACAUUGAUGAUGUGAGCUGGAAGGUACGACGGUGUGCUGCCAAGCUUCUCUACACUGUCAUCUCUACUUGCGGGCGUGGCCGUGCUUUGGACGCUUCAGCCCUGUUCCAACAGAUCGCCCCAGCUCUGAUCUCCCGGAUCAGCAGAGAAAGAGAAGAAAGUGUGAAGCUGGAAGUGGUGUCGACAUUGACAGCACUUGUUCGCAAAGUCAGCGAGGGCUCGAUGAUCAUCACAUCGAACGAUUUCCUGGAGACUGUGGGUGGGUCAAAGAAUUCCCGCAAGCGUAGACGCCAAGAUAGCGAUGCGUCAAUGAUUGACUUCGAGCCUAGUGCUGGAGCCUCGCCGGCUAUGGAUUCUCCUGCUGUCCCAUCGUCGCCAAAGUCUGGCUCUCAGGCUGAUUUGGCCCGCUCCGUGCCUUUGAUCGUCCAAAGCCUCGUGAAAGUGUGGAAGCAGGCGUCAAUUCCCCUCAAACAAGCCACAAUCAUUCUCCUCAAAAGUCUUUCUUUGGUUCGCUAUGGUGGUCUUGCGGACCAUCUUCAGCAAAUCGAAUACCUUAUUGCAGAUGCCCUCAAGACCUCAUCUCUUUCUGGGAGCACCGCUGCUCACACCGGCGCUGCAGUCAGUGCAGGAACCCUCCAGAUUGAAACUCUGGGCCUCAUUGCGGUUAUAGCUGAGACUCAUCUGUCCGAUGCUCUUUUGCCAUUCUUGAUUGCGCUUGUGCCUGGGGUUGUUGGAGCCGUCAACGAUCGCAACUACAAAGUCAGCAGUGAGGCUUUAGGCGCAGUGGAUCAAAUGGCCAAAGCCAUUACACCCCCACGCGUGAAUGCUAAUGCAUCCGAUGUCUCGCUGCAGUUGCAGAAGCUGUACGAUGUUGUUCACGAUCGAAUCACGGAUACGACCGCCGUCCUCGAAGUCCGUCAACGGGCCAUUCAUGUCUUCGGUGUCAUUCUCGCGCGCACAUCAGGGGAGCAGGGUCUAGAGUUUAUCUCAUCCGACAAGAGAUCUAAUGGUCUAGCUGUCUUGGUGGACCGGGCGAAGAACGAGACAACUCGUUUGUCCGCUGUUCGUGCCAUCGAUGAUGUUGUUGUUCUAGCAAAGCGCAAGCAGGAUGUUUCUAGUGAUUGGGCCAACAAUGUUGCCCUUAGUCUAGGGGCGAACUUGCGGAAGUCUGAUCGUGCCUUAAGGGGUGCGUGCCUGGAGACUCUCCGUAGUCUUUCCAUGAACUACAACGUCAGAUCACACCUUACUCCCGAGACGAUUACGGCGUUGGAAAACGCUGCAUUGCCUCUUCUUUCUGCAGCAGAUUUCCAUACCCUUACACCUACGUUGAUCAUUAUCGCCAAACUGGUCCCCGGCAAUGCAGACUUCAUGGUGAAUAGCGCGUUGAUAUCCGCUAUCUGCUCGAUCGUCACCAAGCCGCUUGUCGGAACUGUCCUCAAGGCAUUGCUGUUGUUGGUCAAAGUCAUUGGCGAGGAAGGUGCGGGUGCUAGCUUGAUGCAAAAUCUUCUCCGCGACGUGGGAAUUACAGGGGACUCGUCAGUCGUGGGCAGGGCCGUCGGUACACUUCUUGUCCAUGGUGGGCCGAAUCUCGGAGUCACGAUGGAAGACUUUUCAACAGAAUUGAAGACUGCCCAGGAUGAUAGCCGGAAAUGUCUUGCUCUUGCCAUCCUAGGUGAAAUCGGCCUGCGGAUGGGCGCAGACUGCUCGUUGGCGUCCGACAUUUUUAUCCCUCAUUUCGAAUCGCAAUCAGAUCAUGUGCGCCUGGCUGCUGCCACUGCGCUCGGCAAUGCAGCGGCGGGCGACGUGAAAGCCUAUGUUCCGGUAAUCCUGAAUGGUUUACAAAAAUCCAAUCCCCAAAGCUAUCUGCUCCUUCAUUCGGUCCGAGAGUUACUCCAGCAUCCCGAAGUUGUGCGGCCCGAUCUUGCACCAUCCGCUCACAAAUUGUGGCAUGCAUUGCUUGUCGUCGCCGAGGAGGAAGACAAUCGGGCUGUCGGGGCUGAAUGUGUGGGUCGCUUGGCAUUGCUUGACCCUGUUGCUUACAUCCCUCAUUUCCAAGAGUAUCUGACCAAUUCUGAUCCGGCUGUCCGCGGCGUGGUUAUUUCGGCGUUCCGCUACACGCUUGCUGAUUCAAGUGCUGCUUACAAUGAUGUUUUGCGACCGUUAAUGGUUCCCCUCCUGACGAACAUGCUCAGCGACAGUGAUUUGGGCAACCACCGUCUUGCAUUGACGACACUCAACUCUGCUAUCCACAACAAGAUCGAACUCCUGCUUCCCCAUCUUGAUGAACUGCUGCCCGCCGUGCUUGGUGAUACCAAGAUCAAACCAGAGCUCAUCCGAGAGGUGCAAAUGGGUCCAUUCAAACACAAAGUCGAUGAUGGACUCGACCUCCGAAAGAGUGCCUACGAAACGCUCUACGCCUCACUCGACACAUCGUUCUCCCGCGCCCAUAUGGCCGAACUAUUUGACCGCAUCGUUGCCGGGAUCGAUGACGAGCAGGACAUCCGUGCAAUCAGCAACCUCAUGACGUCAAAAUUGAUUAAGAUCGCACCCGAGGACACCGAGCGACAGCUAGACGCGUUGUCGGAACAUUACACCUCCGUUCUUUCCUUCAAGCCAAAGGAGAAUGCUGUCAAGCAAGAGCUGGAAAAGGCCCAGGAAGCAUCUCUUGGCGUCUUGAAGGUUACCAGAGAGCUGAGCAAGGCGUUUCCCAGUGCGGAAGCAUCUGGAGAUCAUCACAAGUGGAAGACAUACAUGGAGUGGGUUCGGCGGACCUUCUCGCCUCAGUUGACGAACUUGGAACUGCAGGUGGAGCUUUGA